AUGGCUCAAGACUACGAGACUGUCCUCAAGGGCAAGUACCCGGCAAAGGCUCACGCUCUGCGCGUCGCCGAUGAGGUCAAGUCCAAGGUUCCCGGUGCCACCGGCGUCCUCUACGUUGAGGGUCGCAUGACCAAGAUGAUCGAGGACAACGACGAGCCUGAACCCUUUAGACAGCGCCGCUACUUCUACUACCUGACCGGCUGCCCCCUCGCCGACUGUCACUACGUCUUCGACCUCGAGUCUUCCGAGUCCACCCUGUUCAUCCCUCCCAUCGACCCCGACAGCGUUAUCUGGUCCGGCCUUCCCGUCAGCGCUGCCGAAGCCAAGGAGUUGUACGACGUCGACCAUGUAAAGUACACCACCAACGUCAAUGCCGAGCUUGUGCGCCUCGGCAAGGGCAACAAGACCGUCUUCGCGAUUGAAGGUCAGGUCUUGGAUAGCAUCACCUUCCUCGAGUUCGAGGGCAAGAACUUUAGUGUCCUUAAGAACGCCAUCGAGACGUGCCGUGUGGUCAAGGACGACUUCGAGGUUGCUCUCACCAGAAAGGCCAACGCUGUGUCUACCAUUGCCCACCACGCUGUCGUUGAGAAGGUCAAGAAGGCCAAGAACGAGAGUGAGCUGUAUGCUACCUUCCUGUAUCACAGCAUCUCCAAUGGUGCCACCAACCAGGCCUACCAUGGUAUAUUUGCUGCAGGUCGAGCUGCCGCCACACUGCAUUACGUAGCCAACGAUGCUCCCCUGGCGGGCAAGCAGAAUCUCCUCUUGGAUGCUGGUAUGGAAUGGAACUGCUACGCCUCUGACAUUACACGUACUUUCCCCAUCUCUGGCAAGUUCAGCAAGGAGUCCCGUCAGAUCUACGACAUCGUGUUGAAGAUGCAGCUUGACACCACCGCAGCUCUGAAGGAGGGUGUCGUCUGGGACGAUAUCCACCUGAUGGCCCACAAGAUUGCCAUUGAUGGCCUCCAUUCCGUUGGCAUCCUGAAGGGCGAUAAGGAGGAGAUUCUCAAGAACAGGACCAGCGUCGCCUUCUUCCCCCACGGCCUGGGACACUACCUCGGAAUGGAUACCCACGACGUUGGCGGCAACCCCAACUACGCUGAUACCGACCCCAUGUUCCGUUACCUGCGUGUCAGAGGCAAGCUGCCUGCCGGUAGCAUCGUCACCGUCGAGCCUGGCAUCUACUUCUGCAACUUCAUUAUCGAGCCCUACCUCAAGGACCCCGUCCACUCCAAGUACAUUGACACUGCCGUACUAGAGAAGUACUGGGAUGUUGGUGGCGUGAGAAUCGAGGACAACAUCUUGAUCACUGCGACGGGCAGCGAAAACUUGACCCCUACCAUCAAGGACCCGGAUGAGUUGGAGAAGAUCAUCCAGGCGAGCUGA